AUGGAUAAAAUCCCAUCCCUGAAUCAAUUUGUAAGCGAUACUCAGAAAUUGGCCGGAGUGUUGCCUGUCCGCGCGCUGCAUAUGCAAACUGAUAACCUAGGAGCUGGCUCGUUACACCACAGCAUGAUUGCCAUCGAGUUAUCACCCUACCCGACGACCAUGUCUCCAGCUACUGCAUGCGAUUACCAGCGUACAACUGAUGAUCGUGGAUAUGUCCGCUGGACAAGUUGCAGUUCAUCAAGCCUCUGCUGUGGCGGUAAACUAGUUGACCUCUUUGUGUCGGAUUCCCGAAUGCCACCAUUUGGUGUCUAG